AUGUGUCACUCCUUGGCUGUGCACUACAGCGGGGAGCGAUCACAUGCUGCCGAGGGAGAGGCCGGUGGUGAAUCUGCAGACAUGCAGCCAGAGAGUGUGUCGCUGGAAGCUCAGCGUGCAGCGCCUGAGCGGGAGCUGCUGUGCAUCCUUGGGACAGGAGACUUGGGCCGCUCGCUUGGCCUGCGCCUGCUGCACUCUGGGUACAGGGUGGUGUACGGCAGCCGCAGACCUCGCAGCUGUGGCCCUCUGCCGGCUGGGGCCCAGGUGAGGGACCAUGCGUCGGCAGCCAAGUCCGCCGCUAUGGUUUUCGUUUGUGUUCACAGAGAACAUUACCAGCUCCUGGAGACUCUGGCGCCAGUCCUGGAUGGGAAGGUGUUGGUGGAUCUCAGUAAUAACCCAAGAAAAAGAAUGUAUCCAGAGCCGAAUGCUGUCUACCUUCAAAGACUGGUCCCCAGAGCCACCGUGGUGAAAGGCCUGAACACGCUGUCGGCCUGGGCUCUGCAGAACGGUCUUCUGGCAGGCAAACAGGUUUAUCUUUGCGGCGACAGCUCAGUAGCAAAGCAGGCUGUCGGUGAGAUGGCCACGAAGCUGGGCCUGUCUGUGCAAGACCGAGGCUCCUUAUCUGCUGCCGGGGAACUUGAGGACUUUCCCCUUCGACUGUUCCCCGAGUGGAGGCUGCCGCUGAUGGUAGCCCUCGGCCUCACUGCCUUUUUCUACUUCUAUCUGCUGAUCCGAGACGUCAUUUACGCUUACGUUGAAAAGGGGAACGACAUCUCCUACAGAAUCAUGGUGUCACUGGCCAACAAGGUGUUCCCCAUCGUGUCUCUGGUGAUGUUGUCUCUGUGCUACCUGCCUGGUGUUAUCGCUGCCUUCCUUCAACUGUACAGAGGAACAAAGUACAGUCGCUUCCCUGAUUGGCUGGACCGGUGGAUGCUGUGCAGGAAGCAGAUGGGUCUGCUGGCGUUGGCGUACGCGUUCCUUCAUGCCAUCUACACCUUCGUCAUUCCCAUCCGCUACGCUGUCAGACACAAGCUCAUCUCACUGGUGGUGGACGAGAUGAAGAAGAACAAAACCACACCAUUUGACUUUGAUCAGACGGAAGCGUGGGCCACCGACUCCUUCUAUGUUCUGGGUAUCCUGGGCCUCUUCCUCUACGUGCUGCUGGGCCUCACGUCCCUGCCCUCGGUGGGCGCCACGCUCAGCUGGAGAGAGUUCAGCUUUGUCCAGUCCAAGCUGGGCCACUUGACGCUCCUGAUCUGCACUGCACACGGCUACGUGUACGGCUGGAACAAGUUCCUCCGCACGUCUACCUACAAGUGGUACACUCCCCCGGGGUACAUGCUGUGUUUGGUGGUUCCCUCUGUGGUUCUGGUGCUCAAGUUUCUGAUCCUCCUCCCGUGUGUGGACCGAACCCUGGCCAGGAUCCGACAGGGCUGGGAAAGGAACCCGCCCCCAGUAGGGAAGGACGACGCCAGAGCAACCAGCUUGUGAACUAUUCUCUCCAUGAGGAGCAGGACAGGUGCAUUAUCUUUAGAGAACAAGGUUGAUAUUCCGUUUUUACCAUGUUGUUGUUGCAGUCAUUCUAAAUCAUACGUAGUUAAUCAAUAUUUAUUGAAGUUUAAUGGAUGAUUUGAACGAAACAUGCUCAGUUGUCUGUUGUCAAAUUUGAACAGACGAUGUUUCAGAGGCCCAGUUGACCUGGGAUCCAUCGGUUGAAAA